GCAAUAUGUAUUCAUCCAGAUCAGUCCCUAUUUUCUUGGUAUUAUCUUUUAUUACGCUGAGAAAUGCAGCAUUGGCCAGCAAAAGAUUUGAUUGUGUGAAUGCAUUAACCAAUGAUACGGAAUCGAUCGGAAAGAUUAUGUAUUACAGUCCAAAUCUCGACUACCUGUAUCCCUGCUCUGGCGUUGCUAUCACCAUUCGCCACAUCCUGACGCCGGCGCACUGUGUGAUUUGGAAGCCCCAACGGGACUACAGGUUCAGGACUAAAAAUAAAAUACACCCCAUCAGCCAGAUUUUCAUUCAUCCGAAAUACACUUUGGACCGCUCUGACAACAAUAUCGCAAUACUACAGCUGGAAGGCGAUCUUAACAUGGCAUCCGGCCUGUCUCUUGCCGAGGACGUAGACCCCGGUUCCCUGAUCGCCCGACGCUUCGAUGUGGUGACCUUAGGUCAGGGCAAAAGUGGAACACGGAGCCAUCGAACAACUAAAAUUACGAGUCAGGCCUACUGCCAGCGCAAAUUCGAGGGUCUGGCCAUAACGGAGCUUGAGGUGUGCGCACACAUCCCGACAGACAGCCCCGUGUUGGCAGGUUCGCCCUUGGUGGGCAUCAAAAUGGAGAACGGCACUGGGGCAUGCAACCUUUUGGGGAUUUCCCUGCAUGGAUUGGCUAAGAACAAUCCGCAAAUGCCGACCCUAUUCGCACUCAUUUCAACGCACAGGCAGUGGAUUGAAGAGAUAACUAGUUAUAAUUACACCAAGUCGAGCAUACAGAGAGAGAGCUAAAAAUAUGUACAUAUAUGACAUUAUAUGCAAAGCCCUGCGGCUCGAUAAACUUUAAUCAGCGGUUCAGAGACUGAGAAUGAUUCAAUCAAUUCAGUCUUUGUUGGGUCGACGUCCUAUUCACAGCUCACACAACGAGAUGCCGGGAUCUAGGGUAUUUGUAUUUGUGAACUCUAUUGUUCUAUCCGUGCUAGCCAUUGCGGUAGUGUGUGAAGAGGAAGCAUGUGGCAGACUGGAUGAGAGACAGCUCUACACGAACAAGGUGUACGCCGAGCAGGAUGAGCAGCCAUGGCUGGGUCGUCUUGUCUAUAAGAACAGUAGUGAGGCAUUCAUAUUUCAUUGCGUAGCCGUGCUCCUCAAUGCCCGGCAUGCCCUUAAUCCCGCCAGCUGUUUCUAUCGAAACAAAAAACCACACACGCCCUAUGCGGUUCUGUUCGACACCUCCGACUGUGAGUCCAGCACACACACAAAAAUGUUCUCGAUUGAAAAGUUUAUUGUGCAUCCCGACUACAAUAUCAACACACUUGGGGAUGACCUGGCUGUUAUCAGACUGGAUCGCGGUGUGCCCUUCUCUAUCUUUGCUCAGCCCAUUUGCAUGCCACAGCCCUGGGAAGGUGCAACUACUUUUGUUGCAACUAACGUGGACCUGAUUGGUUACGAUGGGCAUGACGGCAAGAAAAUGCAUAGCCGCCGCAUCAAGACUUAUGCGAACAUCCGCGAUAAGCAGUUUUGUAAGAAAAGCUACGAGCUAAUCACGGAGCAUCAGAUGUGCGGACAUGUUGAAGGAGCGGAUCUGCAGUAUGGGUCGGCUUUGGUAGCGGUUCGUGUGGAGAACGGCGUGCCCAAAAACUACUAUCUUAUCGGCAAUUUGAUGGGCAGAUUUGAAUCGUACCUCGAAGCGCCAUACCUGUUUAUGUUUAUUGCCCCAUACAGGGAUUGGAUUUUGGAUAAUAUUCAGGCAAUUUGAUUUUAUAUAUAUUUUUUUGUAAUUUCUAUUGUUAUUUGAAACACUUUUUGAAUGUAAAAAGGAAUCGAUAUAUAGAGGACAUAUAUCAC